GAUUCAUUCUAACACUUAAAACUUGAAAACAGUGGACCACACAAAGUCUUACUGAUUGCAGGGAAGAACAAUCAUUGAAGAUGUCCAGCAAAACAGCAAGCACCAACAACAUAGUCCAGGCAAGGAGAACUGUGCAACAGCUAAGGUUGGAAGCUUCCAUCGAAAGAAUAAAGGUCUCAAAGGCAUCCGCGGACCUCAUGUCCUACUGUGAGGAGCACGCCAGGAGCGACCCUCUGCUGAUAGGCAUACCAACCUCAGAAAACCCCUUCAAGGAUAAAAAAACAUGCAUCAUCCUAUAGUGGAACAGUGAUACAGCUCCUCGUCUCUUCUCAACACAGCAAAACUACAAGCAGCUCCUCCGAGAGCUUUGCCUUCAGCUUAUCUGGUAACCACUGCUAAUAACUAAAACACUCUUCACUUGGACUCGUGGACUCUGAAGUCUUCAUCUUCCAAGUUGCCCUGUCUUUAAAAUACCCUUUACUGAUUUAAUACAGAAUAACAAUCUUGUUUUCCAUUUGAUGACUAUGGUAUUAUAUUGGGUUGCUGUAUUAGGAAAGCUGGUAUGGGCCUUUUAAAAAACACAUCUGCAUACUUUAAAUAUAUAAUUGAUUCAGAUAUGUCAAAACCUAAAUUGCCUAAGUAUCAAUCAAAU